AUGGAGCUUCAAGACGUGCGGAUAAAAACAGUGGAAGUACCAGGUGAUGGUAACUGCUUGUUCUACGCGGUGGUUCAGCAGUUGUCAGGGAGGAAGUGUUUCGAUUCGCAAUUCUUCAACGAAGCUAUGAGGCUGCGAAGAAGAACGGUGGAUUAUCUGAUGCCGCACAAGACAGAGAUGAGGGACGUAAUACUAGCCGAGAUCAUCACCUCGUCAAAUGUAACCACGUCCAAUCUCUCAGACAGGCAACUGGACGAGAAAAUCGACCAACAUCUACGAAAUCUGCCAAAAUGCGGAACAUGGGCUGGCGGAGAAGCACUAAUGGCGAUAAAAGAGAUUGUUGGUGCUAACAUCAGGAUUUACAAUCCACACUACCAACCGUUGGAAUUGGUUCACGGUAAUGGGAGGUGUAAAACCAUUGAAAUAUAUUUCAACGGAAUCAACCACUACGAUAGCGUAGAAUUAGGACCAGGAGGAGGGCAGACGGUACAGGGAAAUGAAGAUAGGGGGAAAGCAAGACAUGGAAGCGCAGACCUAGGAGUAGAAUCGAGAAGCAAGGCACAACUGAAGGACGAAUUGAAACGUAGUGAACAAGGAAGAGUAGAGAUGGAAAUAGUGGGUGGUGAUAGAGCGCAAAUGAGUAAAGUAAGGAAAAAUGUGGUACAAGAAAGCGGAGAUCUAAUAUUGGAGAUGAGAAAUAAGGACCAGUUGAGUGUAGAGAGAGACAAUAUUGAGCAAGGAAGCGGAGACCUAGAAGUAGUGAGAGGAGUUAAGAAACAAACGAACGUAGAGAUGAGGAAGGUUGUACAAGGAGGAGUAGCCCUGGGAUUGGAGAAGGGAAAACAAGAACAGCUGCUCGUGGAGAACGAUAAUACUGAACAGGGAACCAUGGAGCUAGAAGAAGUUAGAGAAAAUCAGACGCAAUUGAACGAAGAGAGAAGCACUGAUGAACAAGGAAGCAGGGAACUAGGAAUAAGGGGAGAAAAGGAGACACAACUUGGCGAGGGGAGAGAAAAUGUCACACAAGGGUUAGUGGUAGUAGGGGAAGGAAAGAAGACACAGAUGAACAAAAAAAUGGGAAGUAUAAAAAGAGGAAUCAUGGGAUUACGAAUGAUAGAAGAAAGGAAGGAUCGAAAGAACGAAGAGCGGGAAGAGUUUGAGAAAGAAAGCAAAGAGUGCAGAGUAGGAAGGAGAAAUAAGGACCAUGUUAAAGAAAAGAGCAAAAAUAUCGAACAAGGAAGCGAAGAACAACUAGUGACUAAGGAAAAGGAGGUACAAUGGACCAGACAUAGGGAAAAUGUUGAUCAAGAAGACAUAAAGCAAUGGAGUCAAUGCACAAUAAUACGAACAAGGAAGUAUACAAGAAACAACCUGUUAAUAUUCAUGCAAAUCAAGAGAUAG